UGUGGUUUCCUCCCUGGGUGACUUCCGGCAGCGAGAGCUUGGCCCCCAGAGAGGGCGGGGAGAUGACACAGUUGUUCCCCCAGCCCUGCGGGGCGGGCAGCAUGGUUCACUCCAGCAUGGGGGCUCCAGAAAUAAGAAUGUCUAAGCCCCUGGAGGCCGAGAAGCAAGGUCUGGACUCCCCGUCAGAGCACCCAGACACUGAAAGAAAUGGACCAGACACUAACCAUCAGAACCCCCAGAAUAAGACCUCCCCGUUCUCGGUGUCCCCGACUGGCCCCAGCACCAAGAUCAAGGCUGAAGACCCCAGCGGCGACUCAGCCCCAGCAGCACCCCCGCUCCCGCAGCCGGCUCAGCCACACCUGCCCCAGGCCCAACUCAUGUUGACUGGCAGCCAGCUAGCCGGGCUCACGGCGCUGAUGCCGGCUCAGCAGCAGCUCCUCCUGCAGCAAGCGCAGGCCCAGCUCCUGGCCGCCGCCGUGCAGCAGUCCAGCGCCGUCGCCGCCGCCGCCGCCUCCACCUCCUCCUCUUCUUCCUCCUCCUCCUCCUCCUCCGCCUCCUCCUCGACCUCGCAGGCCCCAGCCUCCUCCUCCUCCGGGGGAGGCGACCUGCCACCACCACAGUCUGCCAGCCAGCCCCCGGGGACCCCACAGCUUACCCUGUCCCAGCCCAUCCAGCUCACAGCACAGGACAUCCAGCAGCUCCUCCAGCUCCAGCAGCUGGUGCUUGUGCCAGGCCACCACCUCCAGCCACCUGCUCAGUUCCUGCUGCCGCAGGCCCAGCAGAGUCAGCCAGGCCUGCUACCAACGCCAAAUCUAUUCCAGCUACCUCAGCAAACCCAGGGAGCUCUUCUGACCUCCCAGCCCCGGGCAGGGCUGCCCACACAGCCCCCCAAAUGCUUGGAGCCACCAUCCCAUCCCGAGGAGCCCAGUGAUCUGGAGGAGCUGGAGCAGUUCGCUCGCACCUUCAAGCAACGCCGCAUCAAGCUGGGUUUCACACAGGGUGACGUGGGCCUGGCCAUGGGCAAGCUCUAUGGCAACGACUUCAGCCAGACGACUAUUUCCCGCUUCGAGGCCCUCAACCUGAGCUUCAAGAACAUGUGCAAACUCAAGCCCCUCCUGGAGAAGUGGCUCAAUGACGCAGAGACUAUGUCUGUGGACUCAAGCCUGCCCAGCCCCAACCAGCUGAGCAGCCCCAGCCUGGGUUUCGACGGGCUCCCUGGCCGGAGACGCAAGAAGAGGACCAGCAUCGAGACAAACGUCCGCUUCGCCUUAGAGAAGAGUUUUCUAGCGAACCAGAAGCCUACCUCAGAGGAGAUCCUGCUGAUCGCAGAGCAGCUGCACAUGGAGAAGGAAGUAAUCCGCGUCUGGUUCUGCAACCGGCGCCAGAAGGAGAAACGCAUCAAUCCCUGCAGCGCGGCCCCCAUGCUGCCCAGCCCGGGCAAGCCGGCCAGCUACAGCCCCCACCUGGUCACACCACAAGGGGGCGCCGGGACCCUGCCGUUGUCCCAAGCUUCCAGCAGUCUGAGCACAACAGUUACUACCUUAUCCUCAGCUGUGGGGACACUCCACCCCAGCCGGACAGCUGGAGGGGGUGGGGCCGGGGGCGGGGCCGCGCCCCCCCUCAAUUCCAUCCCCUCUGUCACCCCCCCACCCCCGGCCACCACCAACAGCACAAAUCCCAGCCCUCAAGGCAGCCAUUCGGCCAUCGGUUUGUCGGGCCUGAGCCCCAGCACGGGAAGCACAAUGGUGGGGUUGAGCUCCGGGCUGAGUCCAGCCCUCAUGAGCAACAACCCUUUGGCCACUAUCCAAGCCCUGGCCUCUGGUGGAACCCUGCCCCUUACCAGCCUUGACAGCAGCGGGAACCUGGUGCUGGGGGCGGCUGGCGCAGCCCCAGGGAGCCCGGGCCUGGUGACCUCACCACUCUUCUUGAACCACGCUGGGCUGCCCCUGCUCAGCGCCCCGCCUGGCGUGGGCCUGGUCUCGGCAGCCGCUGCGGCCGUGGCGGCCUCCAUCUCCAGCAAGUCUCCUGGCCUGUCCUCGUCCUCCUCUUCGUCCUCCUCCUCGUCCUCCUCUACCUGCAGUGAGACGGCAGCACAGACCCCUGGAGGCCCAGGGGGACCCGAGGUAGGGUCCAAGCCCGAGUGAGGGCCCGCCAUGCCUCCCCUCCGACUCCUCUGACACUCCCCCCUGGCUCCGCCCCCCACCUGGGAAGCAGGUGAGGAGGCCGGCGGUGGGGGCACCGAGGGUCCUCGGAGCAGGAGUGACAAAGGAGGAAAGACCAAAAAAUAAAAAAAUAAAAAACAAAAGACCAACCAACAAACCAAAAAGAAAAAAAAAGAAAAGAAAUCAACCAACAGAAAAAAGAAAACCAAAAAUAAUCACAAAGAAACCAGCUGCCCCAAAGGAACCAGAGGUAAAAAACAAACAAACAUUCAAAACAAAAACCAAAAAACAAACAAAAAAUUCCUCACCAAACCGAACAAACCAAAUACCAGUCUGGAGCCAGACCUCAACGUGCUCACCCUCACUGCUAUGACACCAAAUAAGCACCCAGCCAGGGGCAGAGCGGCCUCAGUAGGGUGGACCUUACACGACCCCUGGCUGUAGGGCCCGGGCUCCCCCCUGGGGGGGGCGGUGGCCAGAGAAGGAAGAAGAGAAUGUGCCAGCCUCCCAGCCUGUACCCCCGGCCCUGGGCCAGCCAAGACAGGGCACGGCCUGCGGUAGGGGGGGUGGGCUCAGAACCACCCACCAAAUACUCUUUUCCAGAAGGUGAAAGAGAAAGGGCGUGAACAAACUUACACCAAAUAUUCAGUAGCUUCAUCCAAAGGAUGUACAGAAUUUUUAGCGUUGUGCUCGACAGAAUGUGUCCCUGUCAUGUGUCCCCCCCUCCCCGGGACUCCCACUUUAACCUCCUCCCUCCCCCACCCAGGGGAGAGUUCCAGGCAAGGCCUGGGAUGACUUUUCAGCCCUUUUACCUCCCCCGCCCUUUCCCUUUGAAGGGUGGGCUGGGCCAUUUUGCCAAGCUCUAGCUCUCACAUGUUCCCCCUACCCCACCCCACCCUGCCCACCCGUCACCCUCCUCUGUUCUGGAACCUCCCACUAUCCCUGGUCCAAGGGAAGGAGGAAGUUUCAGGCAAGAGAGAAGAAGGUGAGGGCGUUGAAGUUGUCUUUUUUUCCAUCCUCGUCUGUCAGUUUCCCUUAAAGAAAAAAAAAAUUCAUAUUCCAGUGCCUAUCCGUGGGAUCCUUCACGUUCUUUGACAUUUUUGACCAGAAACCAAAAAGAGAACUCACCUCGCUCUUCCCGCCCUGUGCCCCUCUGAUCCUGGCAGAUGCCUCUCCCUCCCCUCUCCACCCCACAUGCACACACGCACGCACCCCAGUGGUGGGGUUCCUCCAGAUGGCGUCCCCAUCAGGGUCGGUGUGGCAGGGACAGUGCCAUGGCCCGUGGUCCCCAUCCGAGUGGGCGCUGUGGUGACCACCACUCCCAUGAGACCUCCCUCGAGUCUUGGCUGGACCCCAUGUUUGCCCAGCCCCGGACGCAUCUCUACGGAAGAGGAGAGACGCUGCUGGGAGCCACGUUGCCCUCCUGCUACUGGGGAGGCCAACAAAGUUUUGAACCAAAAAAAAAAAAAACAAAAAAACCAAACAAACAAUAAAUUAAAACUAGGAAAAAAGAAAGAAUUUAUAGAUAUAUAUAUAUUUAAGGGAAAGAAGACGAGGACUCUUCAACGAAUAAGAAGGAGCCGCAAGGUGGAGCCAGGCCCCUGCACCAGUGGUCCAGGCCUUUGGUCCCCGAGGCGGAUGGAAGGAUGGAUGCUUCUUUCUCUUCACAAAUACCUCAUGGACGUCGUCUUCGGGAAAGCUGGAGGGGCGGCUGGGGCCGGGCCUGUCCCUCAGCCAGGGCGGAUGGAAGCGGGUGGGCAGGGCUGAGAGAGGGUGUCAGGGACGGGGGUGAAGAGCCCCAAGCUCCCCGCCUCCCCCCCCCCCCCCAAUCAACUGAAAAAGCUUUAAAAAAACAAAACAGGAAAAAAGAAAUGAGAAAGCAAAAAAGAAUGGACGAAGGAAAACUAACAAACUUUCGGGUGGUUUGAUUCCUCCUCUUGAGUUCUUCCGUUCUCUUCGGUCUGUCCUCUCCCCCUCUCCUCCUUUCUCUCAGCUGUCCUUCCCUCUUCCUCCCCUCCUAUCUCACCUCUCUCCAUCUCCUUGUUUCUCUGUGUCUCUCCUCAAACCAAAGUGUUGCUGUGAAGGACGCGAGCCAUUGAAAUCAGAGUGGCCCCCGCCCCUGGCUGGGCAGGCGCAGAGGGAGGGGAGAGCCCCAGGAGACUGGCGGGGCUGCUGGAUACUCCCAGGAGAGGCAGACGGAGCCUCGGAUGCCACCCUGGGCCCUGAGGCCUCAGCGUUCUCACUUUCUUUGUUGUCUCCCUUCUCCGACCUGGGAAAUGAAACUUUUAGGCUGGGCCACGGAGGCAGCAGAGACUCGGCUGUUUCAGGGGUCUCGGGUGCCUUGUCUGGGAAGUGGUGGAGUGGUUGCCCCUCCCACCCGGGCACCGAUGGAGCCUGGCAUGCCGUCGACCCAUCCUCGCCAGAAUGUAAGCAUCUCCGCUGAACCGACUCCCCGCCCUUACCCUACUUCUGAUUUUGUCCGUUUUUAUUUCCUGAAGAGAAAGGACUGGCUAGCGGGCCUGGGCCCUAGCCCAAGGGUUGAGACGGGGCCAAGGGCUCCUGAACGGAUAGGAAGGACGUUUGAGCAGAGCCAAGUGAAAGGAAUUGCAACCAAAAACCCCUCCGAGAAGACAGGCAGCAUGGAAGGCAUGGUGGAGAUGACUCAAUAAACUAUGAUUCUAGACCAAAAAAUAGAAAAAAAUAGAAAAAAAAAGAAAAAAAAAGGGGAAAAAAAAAAAAAAAAAGAAAGAAAAUCCA